CCUACAUGUAGCAUGGCCUAUAACACUGUGAAUGAAACCUAUCGCUAUUCCUCAGUUUCGUUCUCUGCUUACGGAAAAAGAACGAAACGGGUCGUUCCACAUGAACAUUUUUAUCACGUUGUAAUGUUUUGGGAACUCUUCAGCGAUGAAACUACGAAUAGUCUACGGAAUUCAAAGUGAAAACGAGACUCUGACGUCACGCGUAGUAACAUAGGGAAGCCAAAUCGGUGUGGAAAAUGGGAUUAUUAGAUUUAAUAAGGAAGCUGAAAUCAAACCAAGAUAAGGAACUACGGAUACUCCUGCUAGGUUUAGACAAUGCUGGUAAAACUACACUUUUGAAAAAAUUAGCAUCUGAAGAUAUCAGCCAUAUUACACCAACUCAGGGUUUCAAUAUUAAAUCAGUCGCCUCCUCUGGUUUCAAACUCAAUGUGUGGGAUAUAGGAGGCCAGAGAAAAAUCAGACCAUACUGGAAAAACUACUUUGAAAAUACCGAUGUUCUUAUAUAUGUGAUAGAUAGUGCAGAUCAAAAGAGAUUUGAAGAAACUGGUGUAGAGUUGUCAGAAUUACUAGAAGAGCAGAAGCUGCAGGGAGUCCCUGUGUUAAUUUAUGCCAACAAACAGGACCUGCUUCAGGCUGCACAUGCAUCAGAAAUAGCACAGGGUUUAUCACUAGAAACAAUCCGAGACAGGAAGUGGCACAUCCAAGCCUGCUCAGCUCACAAUGGAGAGGGAGUGGCGGACGGAAUUACUUGGAUGAGUCAAGUUGUAAGCAAGAAGAAAUAGGGCAAUUAGUGACCUACUUAUGUGACAAUGGGCACAAGUGACAUUGACAGCGAUGAUUAGCAGUUUCCCAUGUGUUUGGAGGAAAGCUGACUGGAGUCCGUGGGACACUGAUAUCAAACCAUCAUUAUUUACAUGUCUAUACAUUUAUUUAUCAAUAUUGUUGACUGGUAUAAAAAUUAUAAACCUUGAUGUCAAUUUUUUUAUUUUAUCAAGAAUUUGUCAACAUACUUUUUAUUUAGCAUUAUGGGUACAUGUAUAUGCAUUUUGUGUUUAAUGCAUGUAUUAAUGAAAUUGUGAGAGAGUAUAUUUUAUACAACAGAAACUAAUAUCAAUUCUGUCAAGUAUUGUUCAAAAACAUUGUGAAAGUUCAUUAAUUGAAUUUUCCUUGCUUUGAAAUCCUGGAUGAUGUAAUUUUUUUCACUAAUAUUUACAUGUAAAAGUCCUGUAACAGCUGUCUACACAUGGACAGAGAUAUAGAAUGCAUGCAUUGUCACUUGAUCCAAGAUAAUAGUACAUUUGUACACAUGAAUGAGGGUGAGAAAGAAAUAAAAUCGUGAGUAUGAAAAAAUCCCAAAUGACCCUGAUUUUCUUCACAUAUCACCUAAGUGAUUUAUUUACAUGAUUGAGUAGGUUGUACAUGUAAUCUUUUUCUUGAUGCAUGUUAUUGGUAUAUGAUGAAACCCGUCCAUUUCCUUUUCUAUGAUCUGAUCUGAUAAGGUAAUACAUUCAUUUAAGUUUUAUGAAAUUGCAUACUGAAGUAUUUAUGAAUUUCACUGUCACCGUUUAUUACACAUUUAAUGAAAUGCUGAUUGUUAAGUUGAUGUUUUAUUUAAUUUUGAAAACGCUGUGUAUUUUUCAACAAAUCAGAGGUCUUUAGUACAGACUCAUAUUCUGCAUCAUUUAUGUUAUAUCAAUAAAUGUAUGCGAUGAUCGU